UUGAGGAUUAUUGGGUCAACGCUAAUGGUGGGUGUUGUUUUGAUUUUUGGAUAAUUUCUUGAUUUGAUUUUGUGUGUUUCUUGAUAUGGGAUUUUAUUUUGGGUGCCAUUUGAACUACAUCUUAUUGGAGAUGUUUUGUGGUGAAAACAUCUCAUCUUGGGACUCCUGUGGGGCAUUGUGCCAAUUUGAAUAACCUUCCUCUUGGGACUCCUGUGGCGCAAACAGAAUUCAAAACCAGAAAAAUCUCAUCUUCACCAACCAGAGACUCUGCAUUUCUCUAUUAAUGGUUUCCUGUGUGCUUCCCAUAUCAAAUGAGCUUGCUGUCGGUAAUAUUGUGAGGCGUGUUUUGCACAUUAUUAGGGAGGAGGAUCUAUCUCUCACAACGGCUGCUAUUGCUGGUUUGGGCGUAUCCGCUGUUAGUGAUGAUGAUGAUGAUGCUGAGCACAAUGAUCAUCCAGUUCUAUCAGCUGCUUCUCUUGCUGCUGCUGCAAGAAGCACUUUGUGUCCACCUUCCUUGCAGACCCUUCUUGAGGAUGUGCCUGACUCAGCAGCUAUUCCUCACACUUCUUCCUCUGGGGGUGAUUCUGAUGGAAAAAGCAGAUAUGAGCUUAGCAGUUUUUAUUUUAUUCAGUUAUAA